CAACGGAAGCCGCGGUGGUGACAACGACAGGUGGUGGAAGAAAAGUGUAUGGAAAUGUUUAUGACACCUACAUAGGACUAACACGAUAAGUGUCCGGGAUAACAAUAAAGGUCAACAUGGCGACCACAAUGCCAAGUCUGCUUCCAGCAAGCACAGGUGUACAGUUUACUGCCAGACCCAGCACCAGAUUGCGAGACCCAUCCAGACUGAAACAAGUUGGCUCUUCAUCUUCUCAUGCAGGGUCUCCUGUAGCCUCAGACCGAGGGGUGACCUCCCCUAAUGGUAGCAUGUCCAGUAUUGAAGUUGAGGCUUUGUUAAGGGAGAAGGUGAGAGCCAACCACCAGAACAUAAUACAGGGCUUUCAUACUUACGAUAUUGAACAAAAUCAGAGCGUUACUAAGGGCGAGUUUCGCCGCGUUCUCGAGUCGUUUUGUUGUCAUCUCACCACUGAGCAGUUCGAAGCAGUAUUGGCAAAGGUUGACAAAAACCCUAAUGGAACAGUCAGAUACCUUGACUUCUUGGACAAGUUUUAUGGUCAGGACACCAGAAUUGCCAGUCCAGAGAAGCGUGUCAAUGGUCCCAUGAGGUACAUGCCUCCAACAACAGCCCGGGAAAUCAACAUGGAUAUGAUAGAGAAGAUGCUGAAAGACCGGAUUUCAAACAAUAUGAAGGCGGUAAUCAAGGCUCUACAACUAUUUGAUUACAACAGAGAUGGGAAAAUCCAGCGACACGAACUACGCAGGGUGUUAGAUAACUACUGCUUCAAGCUCUCUGAUUCACAAUUCGAGAAGCUUUGGAUGCGGUACGAUUUUCAUCACACGGGGAUGUGUAACUACAAACAGUUCCUGGAACGAAUGGGAGUUAGUGUGGCACAUCAUUCCAAACCUCCACCACAGGAUGGGGCCAAGGGAGCCUUGCUGUGGCCCCAAAAGCCUCCUCCACCAGCUGCUGGAAGUAUGGUCACUACACAGAGGAAAGAUGAUGAACAGGCAAUGAAGAAAAUGAGUUUUGACCAGAUUGAGGCAGAGUUCCGAAUGAGGAUGAGGCGGAACUACUUGAACCUGAAGAAGAUUUUUAUUUCAUUUGAUCGUAACCUUGAUGGGUUUAUAAACCUGGAGGAUCUAAAGUCUAUACUCACACAGUUCACUAUUCCAAUGUCAGACCCAUUGUUUAAACAGCUCAUGGAAAGAUGUAAUGUCAGGGGAACAGGAAAGAUAUCUUGGGAGGCCUUUUUGGAAAAGUUCCAGGAUGCUCAGGCAUCAGGGAAUGGCCAGACCCUUCCUAUCAAACCAGGCCACAAAUUUUUCCCUAUUCGUGAGGAAAUGCAGACAUUUGAGGUGGACGAUAUAUGGAGAUUGCUGUACAAACAUGUUCACAAUCACUACCAUUCUAUAAAGCAAGCAUUCCUACAGUUUGAUAUAAGUCGUAAAGGGCGAGUGACAAGGAAAGAAUUAAGGAAUAUCAUUGAAAAGUUCACAUUCCGAUUGGAUGAUCAGCAAUUCAAACAACUUAUGCUGAAGCUGGAUCCAGAACAUACAAACAACAUCUCUUAUCAUCAGUUCCUGGGUUUGUUUGAGGAAACUGAAUCACUGGCACAAGGACACAAGUGGCUGAACUCUGUACAUAGAUUCAAUGAAAACCCUAAACCUGCUAUUAUGGCAUGGGAAACAGUGGAGGAAAUUCUACGAGAGAAAAUCACAGAGAACUGGAAAUCAGUGUCGGGUGCUAUCGUGGAUUGUGAUCAUAAAGAUCAGGGUUUUAUCACACAGGAACAGAUGAAGAGGGUCAUUGAUAAUUACGUAUUACCGAUCUCUGACCAACACUUCAGUCAUAUGCUACAGAGAUGUGCUGAUUGUAGCAACGGCAGGGUUAACUAUGUGGAAUUCCUGGAGAAACUCAAUGUGGACGUAACCCCAGGUGAUCUACUCGGCCUCAGUACACAAAUUCAUGAUGAAAGUCAUGUCCGGGAAAAUUUCCGAUGUCGAGAUCAAAUUGAAAGACAAAUUCGAAAUAUACGGAGAGCAAAACACAAAACCGACAACAUGACAGCUGAUGAAGUGAUGGCUCGCUUGAAGGACCGCAUGUCACAACACAAAAUGCAGAUCCGACAGGCAUUCCUCUCAUUUGAUAAGAGUGGCAAAGGAAAAGUUAACAAACGCAAUUUCAGAGAGGUACUAGUCAGUAUGGGGAUGCCGAUGGCUGAUGAACAUUUCCAGGAUCUUGUUUCCAAGAUCGGGUUCCAAAACGGAUCCAUGUUGUACAGUGACUUCGUCCAGGCAUUUGAGGACCCAAGGAUCUAUGGCCCUGGUGAUGAUGUACAGCGCUCUGGAAAUCACCAUGUCAACCCGAUCAGAGGAGAUGAAUUUGGAAUGUCUGCUGACGAGGUUGAGAAAAAACUUCUUAGCAAGCUACGUGAAAAUUUUGCUAAUUUACGUGCUGCAUUUUAUAAAUUUGAUGAUGAUCACAAUGGAAUUCUAACAAAAAGUAAUUUCCGAAGACUUUUGGAUUCGUUCAUGUGUAUAAUGUCAGACGAUGAAUAUGAAGUUUUGUGUAAACGAAUGGGUAUAGACUCCAAGUCACGGAUAACAUAUGAAGACUUCUUACGGAGAUUCGAGAUCAGGGAUAGCGCAGAAGGUCACAAGUGGCUGAAGUCAGUUCAUAGGUAUAAUGACACACAGCCAGCAGCAGAAUUAACUGCGAUGGAAGUCCAUGGAGAACUGAAACGCAAGGUCCAUCAACAAUGGAAGGAUAUAGCCGGGGCAUUCAUCAGUAUUGACUCCCGAGGGAAAGGAAUCAUCACCAAACGGGACUUGAGAGACUUACUAUUUAGGUUUGUCCUUCCCAUGUCUCCAGAGGAAUUCAAGAUUCUGUGGCAAAUGUAUGACAGUGCUGGGAAAGGUUUCCUAUCUCACAAAGAUUUCCUGGCCAAGUUGGGCACGUCCGAGUUCACACCCACAGAUAUUAUCGGUACAAGUAGUAAGAUCAUUAAUGACAGUAAACAAUAUGUCAUUGACCACAACAAACAACAGCUUGGCAAACACCAGAAAAUCACACAACACCAGGCAGAACGUGUGUUGUUUAUGUCUGCAGAAGAGGUGGAACGACAGCUCAGAGACAAGAUCCGAGACAACUACAAAGAUUUCUAUGGUGCAUUCACCAAGUACGACACAGAAAAGAAAGGUUCAUUAUCUGUCAGAGAUGUCCAGAAAGUUCUUACAGAUUUUAGCUUCUUUAUGAAUGAUGAUGAAUUCUUCCUUCUCCUUGACAGGAUUGGAUUACCUACAAACAGAAGUCGUCUCAACUAUGAAGCCUUCCUGAUGGCGUUUGAGGAUGGGAGGAAAUCUGCUUAUGGUAAUAGAACACCCGAGCUACAGAUCUCACAGUACAUGGGUCUCACACCCCCUGAGGCAGAAGAACGUCUUCGGGAGAUGGUCUCCAAGAAUUAUGACCUUUUAAGCAAAGCAUUUGCAGCUUUUGAUAAAGACAGAACAAAUUUGAUGCCUCUGGCUGAUUGGAGAACAUUAGACAUAUUCAUGUUCAAGCUGACGGAACCUCAGUGGAAAUACCUAAAGAGUCGGCUACAGCUCACGGAGAACCAGGUCAACUACCUCAUGUUCCUGGAUAACAACACCCUCAGUGGUUCAGAGGAUGCUGAGAGAUGGCUGGCCAAUCUGACAAGGAACAUCAAUGCACAGACACCUAGUCUGAACUCCAUGGAAGACAUACAAAGUCGCUUGAAGGAAACUGUGAUCGGCCAUUUUUACACAUUGGCAAGAGCCUUCAGUGACCUUGACUAUGCUGGGAUAGGGGUCGUCUCCAAGGAGGACUUCAAGGAAGUCAUCAAUAAGACUGCCUUUAGGAUUACAGAGGAACAGUUUGAUAACCUGAUGGCCUACAUUCCAACCAAUGAAUUUGGAAAUGUUGAUUACAAACUAUUCAUGAAGCAGUUUUCUACUGGUCCAGAGGAAAUGGAUAAACUAGAGCCCCUGCCUCAGCGCCCCGCCUCCACACUGAUGGGGCGACGCCCACAGUCCAGGGCUGUGUCACGAGCAAUGUCACGUUCAAUGACUCAGCUGGAUAUGAGGAAGACAGGCUCUAGGAUGUCACGAGGGCCAUCACGCAUGGCAACGCCCAUGAUCAAUGCUGAGUCAGCUGAGCAGCAGCUAAAGGAUGUUAUCAACCGUCACUGGAAGGAAGUCCAGCGUUUGUGUAGAAAUCAGGAUCGCAACAACACUGGCACUAUCGCUGUCAGCGAUAUCCUCGAAAUCUUCGAUAAGUUGGGAGUACAGAUACCACAGCAUGACCUCAGUGAUUUGUUAACAAAGUAUGAUAUCCAAGAGAACGGGACGUUCUCCUACGUCGACUUCCUGCGACAUUUCAUCAUCAACCUUAAAGCUGGAGAUCAAGCUGGUCCUUCAUUGUCACGGAAACAGAUACCUCAGACAAAAGUAACGAAUGAAACUGGUUCCGCAUCUAGCCAGCUUUAUGAGGCGAUGAUCAGGGUUCGAGAUUGUGUAAUGCAAAAUUGGAAAGAAAUGCGACGGAAUUUCCGUUCUCUUGAUCCUGGAAACUCAGGAAGUGUAGAAGCUUUGGACUUCCGCAGAGUUUUGCGACAAUUUAACAUGAAUAUCUCUGAGGAAGAAUUCUAUCACUUGUUAUCCUAUUAUGACAAGAACAUGGAAGGGAUGAUCAAUUACAAUGAUUUCAUCAGGGCAUACUUACAAUAUUCGUGAUCAAGCUCCCUCAAAUGUUUGACAGGAAACUGAAUUUAGUAUCAUUGGCUUAAAAUUGCAUUUUCAUUUGCUUGAGUGUUCUUAGAAUUUCUUGUCUCAGACUUAUAAGAUUGUAUGUAGGAGAUUUCACUAUAAGCCUGCUAGUCAUAAACAUCAAGUGUUGCAAUUUGUAUGUCAACAUGUCUACUAUUUUUAACAAAAUUUGAUUACAUUCUUUUUUUCUUGGAUAUUUAUACUAUUACUCUUAUUAUUUAAAAGGGAAAUGGUAUGAAUCAAGGGCAAAAUGUUGUAAAAUCUUUUCAAAUUUAAUUAAAUGUUACAGGAAAAUUAAACACCCAGAUUAUACACAGUACAUUAUGCUAGUAUAUGGUUGAAAAAUAUCAGUUGUCCCAAGAAAAUAGAUAUUGUAAAAAUUCUAGGUGUUUGUAUUGCUGAAUAUAGUAUCUUAAAACAAAUGUUUUUUUGUAUAACAAUGUGUCAAACUCUGGAAAACAAACUGACUGAAAAUAUGGUUUAUCUUAAAUAGUUUGUUCAUUAUUUUGUUAGUAUUAUAAAGAAAAACAAUGUGCGGCAAAAAAAUCUAAAGUCCCUACCUAAUGUGUCACUCAAAAAUUGUCCGAUUGAUAGUGAAAGAAUUUUGACAGAAUUUUGCUGUACUUCUUUUCUGGAAAACACAAUCAUAUAUUUUUCUCUAUAUAAAAGUUGAUAAUAAACUUUCAUACAUGUAUUUGCUUUUGCAUUUCUAUCAUUAGACUUGCUGUUUGGAAUGUACAGCAAUACUCUUUAGAGUCUUUAUUUCUCUGUAAUUCUCUCACAUGGAUUAGAAAACUAAUACCUUUAAACACUCAAGUUUUAUAUAUCAACUUACAGGUAAUAUAAAAUCAUUAAAUUUGAGAUGUCAAUUAUAAUCCUUGAUUUUUUGUUGUUAUCUUUAUUCCCAUACUGUAUGUAGUUUAUUCUAUAUAGAAGUUGUCAUUUGUGGGAUUGUUACUGUGAAAAAUGUUGAUAAUGCUUAUAUGUUUUGUAUCCGACAGGAAGUUAUAUGUUUUCAGAGUUUUAAUUUUACAAUUAUACAAUGUAUUUACCUACUUUAUAACAUGUGUCUUUAUACAUGUAUGUGAUAUAUCUGUGAUAUUUUGUCUUGUGUGCUUUAUAAGUAUAUCGGAGGCAGAAAAAAUUGUUAUUUUUUUUAUAUAUAUAUGAAUAUGCAAACAGUGUAGCCUUUUUUAGUCACAAAAUUAAUGUUUUUAGGAGAUUAUUUUUUUUUGCUACAACCCAAAAUAUUUGGAAAUGUCAGGGGUAUGACUUUAUCCUUCAGAUCUUUGUGUGUUGUGUUAGUGCUCUUGAAAUAUUUCACAUCUUGUUUCCACUUCAGUUUACAUGGCUUUUAUAUACCAUAUAAUAUUUCCUUUGAUGUUAUCUGUUUGAGGAUUCUGUUUUUGUUUGAUAAUUUUAGAGAAAAAUUCUGCAACAUUUCAACUGAUUUUUCGUGUUCAAAAAGUAGCUUGAAUUAAUUAAGUUAAUUGGAAGAUUUACAAAGUAGCCGGUUUGUUUUUGGUAUAAACUAUAACAGUUUACUGUGUUAUGCGAUACCAAUGACCUCUUGAUUUCUGAAAUCUCUACAAUGGAUCUCAAAGUUAAGUUUUUUUUUAAUUUUCAGUUCUACAUGAAGUUCCUACAUUUAUGGUCAACUCAUGACUAUCAAAAUAACUCAUGGCUUCAUGUACUUUUUAUUUUUGCAAAUGACCAACACAUAUUUUCAAAUACCAAAGGUAAGGAUCUAGAUAUGCUGUCCAUAUUAGACAUACAAUUCCAAAGCUGUUAUUACACAAAUAAUUCUUUUGGAAAUUAAACUAGCAAUAUCAAUUUCAGAAAAAAGUAAAGCUUUGCAAUAUCUGAUAUUUACCAAGCAAAGAUAUUAAUGCUGUUCCCAUUGUUGGUUUGAUUUAAGACAUUUUUAGCAUCAUGCAGUUCUUUUUUGUAUUAUCAAAAUCAAGAAUACAUUAUUUACAUUUUUGAUGAUGAAAUGAACUUAAGGUUGUAUAUAUCAUGAAUAGAUAUUCGACAUGUAAAAUAACAUCUCUUUUUUUUUGUCAAAAAAUGUGUGCACUGAAAUUUGGACUUGUUACAUUUAUAUUCAGAUUCAUAAAUACAAAUGUAGUCAUUCAAAUGACACCCAAAUAUUUAAUGAAACAAUUGCAUGAUUUGUGUGGUAGAUAAUUGCUUGAAUAAGAUUUGCUGUAAUUGUUUGAAGUGAUUUGUUUUCAUUCUCAAUCAAACAUUUUAAAAUAGUUCUCAUAAUUCUAUCUCAGUAAUAUGAGAAACAAAGAAGUAUACAACAGGUAUUAUUGAAAUCUACACUCCGUUGCUACAAUUCUGCGCAAUACAUUGGUUUACCAAUACAUCAGGUACACUGUUUUAUAACAAAUUAUUUUAUUUCCUCUCAGUUUUUAACUAUUUUAUUUGAACUGUUGUAUUCAAAGUUCAAGAUAUUUAUGAUUUUUUAUAAAUCUUUAAGUUAAAUGUGAUUAUUCAUGAAAUUGACAGGAUGAUGUGACUAUUAUGCAGUGAAAUUAUACCCUGAUUUUUGUCUGUAUUUUUUCACAUUAUACAACCUUUGUGAUGUUAGAAUUGAGAGAUUUGACAACAUGAUACUAUAGACCAGAGACACACAGACAGAAUGACGUCUUCAAUGGAGAUGUAGAACAUGUAUAUUUUUAAGAACAUUCGUACAUAUUUUUCAUAUUGCAUUAUGAUAAAUUGUUAAUCUCCCACUUUGAACAAUCCCUCGGUGGGAGAUCUCUCACUUUUGACAAUCCCUUGGUGGGAGAUCUCUCACUUUGAACAAUCCCUCGGUGGGAGAUCUCUCACUUUGAACAAUCCCUCAGUGGGAGAUCUCCCACUUCGAACAAUCCCUCGGUGGGAGAUUUCUCUCUUUAAACAAUCCCUCGGUGGGAGAUCUCUCACUUUCGACAAUCCCUCGGUGGGAGAUCUCUCACUUUAAACAAUCCCUCAGUGGAAGAUCUCUCACUUUAAACAAUCCCUCAGUGGGAGAUCUCUCACUUUAAACAAUCCCUCGGUGGGAGAUCUCUCACUUUGACAUCUCUAGAGGUUGGCAACCCUGUAAACAAGGUCAUGAUAAUGUUUGAAAGCUUCUACUGGUGAAAUGAAAUCUAUGAAUUUUUAAAAUUCAAGUUUUCUUAUUUAUUUGGAAGAUUGAGUCUGAUCAUAAGAAAUCAAUUGAAGACUUGUCCGAUAAUAAAUCUCAUGUAAAAUUUAAAUGCCACAUACUGGUAUGAUCAUGUCCUGAUGUCGAGGAGAUAGGAUUCCUCACCGAUUGUAAAUUUACUACAAAUCAUUUUAUGAAUUUGUGAACUUCUUGCUAUAUGAGCUUAUGUGAUGUUUUUAAGUAAUUAAGAUUGUGAUUAUAGAAUGUGUGAAAUGUGGAUCACCAGACCUAUACUGCUGACUGAAAUAUAUACAUGUAGUGUCAAAAUUGACUAUUUACCUUUAAUACUUACCAGAUUGAUGAGUCAGUUUACACAAAUAGUAUUAAGGUUAUCACUGCUGAAUUUAUUAGAAAUGUACUAGGAACUAUCAGUUGGAUGACCGUCACUGAGAUAACCUGUGUGGAUUAUCAGUACAUGUGCACAUUAUUUUACAAAUUACACCAUGUCUUGAACCAUUUGGUUAAAAUUGAAAUAAUUAAUUGCUAUUUGAAAAUUCAUUACUCAAGAUAUUGUAUAUUUUCUUUGAAAUGGCUUCAAGCAUUUGUUUUGCCAUUAUGAGUAAAACAAAUUUGUUAUUGUAGGUGAAAUUUGCAUAUUGAACAAAACAUGCAGAUUACUAUAGUCUUACAGUAUUGCAAAAACGUGACCGUUACAAGAAUCCUAGGAUGUUGUUUAAGUGGAAUUUUCUGCUGAGUAUACACCAAGUGUUACAAAAGACUUAGUAUACAUAUGUAUAAUGAUGAUGAUAAUUAAAAUUAAAAUGAUUCUCAAAAA